UUCUGCUAUCGAGUGUUCUUCAGCGUUGUUCUGCCAUACCACACGGGUCCCACUUGGAUUACGAUGGACCCUAAUACACAAGCGGUAGAGCCAAUUUGGGGAUGGCAGAGUGAACUAUGCACGAUUGCCGACAGAGCGAAACAUAUUUUCGGGAAUGAUAUUUUGAGCGAUGUCACAUUCCGGAUUCAACCGCCAGACAGCCUCGGUGUCGACAUCAAAGCACAUAAAUUGCUACUUGCCAUGGGUAGUGAGGUGUUUGCAACGAUGUUUUACGGUUCAAUGAAAGAGACGGAAAAAAUUGUUAAAAUUACGGAUAUGGACUCCGAGACAUUCAGAAUUGUUUUGCGAUGCAUUUAUUACGAUCAGAUCGGGCCGUUUAACAAAUGGACCGCAUUUUCGACCCUGUACGCCGCGAAAAAAUACGGUAUCCCAGUGCUGAAAAACGCUUGCGAACAGUACUUGAAACAGAAUGUGGCUGCCGAUAAUUGUCUGGCUUGGUUUAUCCAGGCGCGGCUGUACGACGAAAUCAACUUGGAGAACGCCUGUAUGGAGAAGAUCGAUUUAUAUGCAGCAUACGUAUUGCAAUCCGCAGACUUUCUGGAAAUUGACCUGGAAGUGUUGAAAAUAAUUUUAUGUCGUGAAACUGUGAAGGCUAAAGAGGUGGAUGUAUGCAAUGCAGUUACGAAAUGGGCUAAGCAUCAAUGUGAGCAGAAAGAACUCGAUCCCACCGGAGCCAAUCAGCGAUCAGUUUUAGGAGAAGCACUGUUCCUGAUAAGAUUCCCUACUAUGACCUCCGAGGAAGUCGCCAGUGGACCAGCCAAGUCAGGCUUACUACUGGCCGAAGAGAUCAGCCAGCUUUUUCAAUUUUGGUACGCUAAAACGCAAUUACCCGAAAAAUUCGUCAGCCGAAUAAGAGUCGGCAGUCACAAGGAGGUGACUGUCUCCAGGUUCGAGAGCACGAACAGCUCUCAAAAUUGGACAUACAUGGCUGGUUUCCCCGAUGUCAUCAAGUUUUCUAUCACAUCCACCGCACAACCUUGCAGCGAUGAUUUGAACGAGGCGACGGUCCACCUGGUGGCUGUUGGUGUGUUUGUCCAAAGCCCACUUCCGGAAGGCGUGGAAUGCACUGCAACUAUGAAAAUAUUCGUUUAUGAAAUGGCCGACCCCAAUGGAUAUCGGUGUUUAAGAGACCACCCGAGAGAGCUGAAAGAUUUUCGCCACACGUGGACCAUCCCGGGGAAGAAGCAUUUAUCUGUUGCAAAGUUCAAACUGAGAAACCCCUUCCCGGUAGAGUUCGGAAAGCAGUACGCUCUAUCGCUGCAAACGUCGGGCAUGCAACGAUCUUUCUACGGCUCCAACGGGAAAGCAGUUGUGAACACUUCUGGAAUCUGCCCACUCUCAGUACAGUUCUCUGACGCUCUAGAUCCAGAAUAUGACGUGGUAUACGGUUCGGGUUAUCACUCGUACAAUGAAAGACAAAUUGGCUAUAAUGCACAUACCCGAACUAGCACCUGCGGGACAACAACUUUUGCUAACGGACAAUUUCCUCAGCUAUAUUUUGAAACAUCCUAACGCGUUGGUAUUCCGGUCGUACUUGACCAGCAUUUGCUUGUAGAUACAUCAACUUUCACGUUGCUGUUUUUCAGAAGUACUGCUUUGCACUUUUUCUUUAUCAGUUCUGAUCGCUGACAUUCACUGUGCGGGCAUUUUCGGAAAACAGGUUCUUACAGGGCGCAAGAACUACUUGCGGUUGUUUAAUUUCUUUUUUGUUGUGGCUGUCUAUGAACGGCAUGGAUUUCUAUCACACUUCAUUUCAUUGCUGCACAUGACAAAGUACUGUAUGCGCUGGAAACAGUCAGUGAAGUUGUAAAGCCCACGCAU